CGGUCUCCUUGGAAUCCACGCGUCGGCGGAGCUGCGAUCUAUCGGAACGUCCAUUUUGGGGGAUCCCGCAGCGAUUACGAUGGCCGUCGCGCUUUUGCGAAUCACGCUACCUGGCACCUAAUUUGAGCCUCCCGUGUGUUAUUAUUUUUCUUAUUUCAUAGCCGAUUCCCACGCUGUGCAUUACUGUAAUGUGGCUGGCUGCGCCUGGACCACCGCUUAAGGGCAUUGCGCAAAGCUGGGAUGCGAUGAUCCAAGCUCGGCGGAGCUCGACCCUGGAGCGCACUCGAAACCACCCAACUUGUGCAAGGAUUCCUACCCAUGAAUUCUUUACUGGAUAGGGAAUUGUUCCUCCCCUACACUCAUUGUAAUUAUCGGUUAUCAACUGAAGCAAUCUCGUCGAUCGAUGCGGUGACGAAUAUAUAAACUAUGGUCUGAGCUUGCACAGUUACGGACCAGUGCCGGAGUGUCCUAGUCCACUGGUGCUGCCCAGUCUCUCAGGUCGUGGGCUUCUCUUCGCGGUAGGAUAUUUUUAGUAUAUCACCAGCUGAGGUGGGAGCUUUUUUCUCUGAGAGCGUGUGUUGAGAAACAAUUCAUACACCAUCCUUGAUUGCAGUCAGGAUUCUAGUUCCAACAGUGGGCGGAGUUGGUAAUUCUCUUUUUUGCUUCAGCUCCCUCAUUCUCUGCCUCAAACCCUAAACCUAGAGGAUACGGGAGGCUGCCUCGAAGCUGGGGUCUUUGAAAGGAACUUUUCAUGGAAGGUUGUUGGUUGAUGAAUCUCCUGAGGAUUUCUGUUCUUGGGUGCAUGUUUUCUUGGGUGCAUGUUUUCUUGGAUGCAUGUUUUCAUGGGGUUGUUCUCAAAUUUUGAUGGUGGAUACUUUCGUAGUAAGUUGAGAAGCUGUGAUAAUACAAGAUAAAUUUGUAUAUCACCCAAACGCUGGAACCCCAAAUUUGUGUGAUUGAUGCCAGUCAUGAACGAUUGGUCAUGCCUGGCAAAUUGUAACAGAGAAAAUGAUAGAGUCGACCGCUAGCGAGUGUGGUUAAUUUUCCAGUUAUCUGCGUCUGUUUUCAGCUGUCAAGAUAUUUGCUGUUUCAAUCCCAUGGAUUGUCUCUGCAAUUCAGCAAAAUAAUCAUGGCUCUUGAAUUCUCCUUCAAUCGCAAUAGUUUCCACCAUGCAAAAUACUCAACGCACCGAGCAGAGCAGAAAAUGAGCCUAGUCGAUGACCAACCAAGCCUCAGUAUUCGACGAGUUCAGCUUCAACUCCUCGAGUGAUGCGGACAAAUGUCGUUCUCACGUUUUACUACACUUAAUUGCUCGUUAAUUGCGGCAACUAGAUGUUCUGAAUGGAACUUGUGCGUUUGUUUUCACAGGUAAGCGAUGAUGAACCCACUGAAGACUUCGCAUGGUCCGAAACGUGUUCUCCCUGCUGCGACGAUAAUUCUAUUCUUCGCGUUGCUCAUCCUGUAUGGAAGCUACAAGCAGCCUGAACCGGGGACUAAGUAUGCGACCUGGAGCAAAACCUGGGAUGUCACGGAUCAGAGGGUGCUGCAUCCCUUGGACCCUCUCACGACUUCCGAGUUCUUAAGAAUUCAAGAAACUUUGCGAAACAAGAAGCUGCUAGGGAGAGAGAAGCAGGUGCUUCACAGCAUCGAGCUUGAUGAUCCUGAGAAACAUGGAGUUCUGCAAUGGGAGACCGGGAACCCCAUCCCAGCUCGUUGUGCGGAGGUGAUCUCGAGCUAUGACGGAGUGCCGCACAGAAUUAUCGUUGACGUCGACAAUAGAGUCGUCCGCGAGAACACUGUGAUUUCCACUACGGGCUACCCUCCAUUAACAAGUGAUGACUGGAAGAUGUCCAUGCAACUCCCCGCAACAUAUCAACCUUUCCUUGAUUCGAUCGCUAGAUAUGGUCUUCGACUCGAGGAGGUUACAUGCCUCCCCUUAAGCCCGGGUUGGUUCGGAGUUCCGGAAGAAGGGAAUAGACGGCUGGCGAAACUGGGGUGCUUCGUCACAACCGGCACGACCAAUUUCUACUUGCGACCCAUUGAGGGGAUGAUCGUGAUUGUCGAUUUGAACGAGAACAAAAUCUUGAAGUUCAUUGAUGGAAACAAGUCGCCGAUUCCGAAGAAUGAAGGCACGGAUUACCGCCUCUCUACUCAGAAACCCCCUUUCUUCCCUCGGAUCAACCCCAUCUCGAUUGAGCAGCCACUGGGUCCGAGCUUCACCAUUGAUGGCCACCACGUGAAGUGGGCGAACUGGGAGUUUCACGUCCGGCCUCAUUUGCGAGUGGGCAGCGUAAUCUCGCAAGCUAAGGUGGACGGCCGGAGCGUGUUAUACCAGGGUUUUGUUUCCGAGCUCUAUGUGCCAUACCAAACGGCGGAGGAAGCCUGGUAUUUCCGGACAUACCUCGAUGCUGGAGAGUAUGGGUUGGGGCUUUUGGCACACCCUCUGCAGCCGCUUAACGAUUGCCCCCAGAAUGCGAAGUAUAUGGACGCCGUUUUCGCUGGCCCGGAUGGAACCCCCUACACCACCCCGAACAUGAUGUGCAUUUUCGAGCGAUACGCUGGCAAUAUUGCAUGGCAACACGCUGAAUCGCUUUCUAGUGACAUGGAGCUUCACGAAGUAAGGCCGAAGGUGAGCCUGGUGGUACGAAUGAUCGCCUCAGUUGGAAACUACGACUAUAUCAUUGACUGGGAGUUUCAAACAGAUGGAGUCGUUCGUGUUGAGGUGGGAGCAACGGGGGUUGUGAUUGUGAAAGGUACCCCAAUUGAGACUAUGAAAGAGAAAAGGAUGAAGGAAGAGCUUGAUGGCAUGUAUGGACCCCUGAUUUCGGAGAACACCAUCGGAGUGAUUCACGACCAUUUCUUAACUUUCCACAUGGACCUGGAUGUAGACGGACCCAGCAACUCAUUCGUUGUAGGGGAGUUAGUCAAACACAACGUAACCACGGGGGAAUCUCCGAGGAAAAGCUAUUGGAGCAUAGAAAAGCGUGUUGCAAAGACAGAGGAGGAUGGUCGCAUCAAGUUCAGCCCUGACCAUCCAUCUCAGUAUUACAUGAAGAACCCCUCUAGAACAACGCGACUAGGAAAUGAAGUGAGCUACCGAAUCGUACCCGGUUCGUUCAUUGGGUCAUUAAUGGAUCCAAAUGAUUUUCCUCAACUUCGAGCUGCCUUCACUAACAAUCAGAUGUGGGUUACGCCUUAUAAUCGGUCUGAGAAAUAUGCUGGCGGCUUCUUCCCAUACCAAAAUCAUGGUGACGAUGGUCUUGCAAUCUGGUCGAGGAAUCGCCCUGUCGAGGACACAGACGUCGUGUUGUGGUACACUUUCGGUUUCCAUCACGUGCCUUGUCAAGAGGAUUUCCCCAUAAUGCCUACAGUGACAGCGAGUUUUGAAAUAAAGCCCACAAACUUCUUUGAGAGCAACCCAAUUUUGAAGCUCCAACCGAACUAAUGGACGCAGCGCUUUCGAAACCCUUUCCCACACACGGGGAAAGCUCUGGUCACAGGAGGACAUUUUUCAAUCACUCAUUGAAACUCAUCACAGAUCUGUGAAUAUUCAAUCCUCGAUGUUCAUCAGCAAAAAAGAUUCUGCGCAGAAAUCACAGGUUUCAAGUUCAGGACAUCGUUAUUUAUACUUGUACAGCGACCAGCUAAGUAUAUAAGAAGUCCUCAUCCAGGAACAUAUAUCUAGAGGCAAAAUUCAGUGUCGAAAUAUGUAUACAUGUAUAUUAACUUUCAGACGUGUAGUACUCAUUUUAGACAAAGGACUUAUUAUCCUUCAGGUUGUCUCCAAAUAAGCUCCGCACAGGAUGUGCAUUGUAUUUUAGUUUCUUACUGUUAUUCAGUUACAAACCACGAACUAUGAUUGUAAAGUGAAGUGAACAUGCUUUGGAAAUGAAAGAACAUAUGAACAGGACGAGUGAGUCACUGGUCUCCUUGUUAA